AUGUUCUGCUUGUAUUCUGUUGUCCUGCACGCACUGCCAAGUCGCUACGUGGAAAUUUUAGUUGCAAGCCGUCUUACUCUCUUAAACAUGGACGAGGAAACGACACAGGAACAAAUCAAGAUCUCCGUGGUCACUCCGUUGAUCUAUGUGGGGGUGCUUCUUGGUGCGUUUGUGAUGUUUUCGAUUUUUUAUAGACGUAAUAAGAUCCAAAAGUUGGCGGAAAUCGAGCCCAUUUUCAAAGAGAAUCAUCCAGCUUCUCUUUAUGCCUUUUUGAAGCUGCAAUACGUGGACCCUGAAGUUCCCAAAGACCAGAAACCACAUGAAAAAGUGAUGAAAGCAGCUUUGUUGCGUCGGGGUGUUGAAGCCAUUCGCAGAUCGUUGAAGCUCAAAGAGAACGAACCCAUAUUUAACCGUUUAUAUCAGGAAGGACUCAUUGGAGACGACGUGUUCCGUCAGUUUGAAUUCCAGGCUAAGUUCCAGGAAAUUGAGAUCAAGCAAAUUGUUCAAGAAUGUGAAUCAUAUAAAAAAGGAUGGGCCCAACUGUUCUUUCCAGUAGCCCAAGAAAUAUGCUUUAAUGAGGCAUUAAGAAGGAGAUUGAAUGCUAUGACUGAAAGGGGAAACAGCUUGGCGGAAGUAUGGGGCUACCAGGUUGAUCGGAUCGAAAAGGCUGCUGAGGUUGUGGACGACAAGAUUGAGAAGAGUGAGAAGAAGAACAAGAAGAAGAAGUGA